AUGCAUUAUACUGUACUGGUCACAGAAACACGUCCAUCUCCAUCCAACCCCGACAAAGAAGUGGCAGUUCAAGUGCUCCCUGAUGAAGAUGAUGCAGUGCCUGAUAUAUUUGAGGAGCAGCAGCAGCAGCAGGCGACAUCAAGCCAGUAUGCAGACAUGCUCCCAGAUGCAGCUUUCAACAUGCUGCACGAAAUACAGCAGCAUAAGAUGGAGUCGAAUAGUAACAAGCAAGACAAAAACAUUACAAGGUCAGACCCAGAGUUAGGGACCAUAGAUACUGUUGUAGGGUUGGAAAAUCUUAUAGAUGAAUCCACACCCACAAGACAGGAGGAACGGGAAGUGAAACCAAAGGUAGUGAAAAGUGAACCCAAUGUAUCUGUGGAUGCAAGUCACAAGAGAGAGGAUAUGGAAUUAACAAGUUUGUUAAAUAGGAUGAUGGCGCAAAUUCGAGAAGGGAAUGCUAGUUUGAAAGCAGAAAUGGCUAGUCAUAUAUCCCAAUUGGAGGAAAACCUAUCUGGUAAAAUAAAAGCCAAUUUAGAUAUUUUGAAUACGCAAAGCCAACGUAUCACAGAGGUAAACAAAUCAGUAAAUAGCAUUAGGGCUGAAAUAACAAAUGUUCAGAGAAAAGUCACAGAAAUAGAGAAAAGAUUUGAUACCGAAAUUCAGAGAAUAGAGAAAUCAGUGGAACCUUUGGUUAGUGAAAAAUUAGAACCGAUAAUUGAAAGUAAAUUACAGGUGAUAGUACCAGUUGUGAAGAAAGAGAUUGUUAAAGAAACGGCAGCUGAUAUUGAAACACUGCGCAAUACCAUGUUGAGUUUUGAUGCAUGUGUGCAGGAGCAUGAAAAUACACUGCGUAAUGAGAUAAAAUUGUUAAGUCAGCAAGUUCAGAAUCAGACGUUUCUUAACUGUAGUGGUAUCCCAUUGUAUAAUGCAGGGAUACAAACAGAGGAGAGAGAGCAGGGAGGAAUUAUUAAGGGAAAUGAAGUAGGAAAAGAAUAUCGGUCGGAUGUGAAGGCUCACGUGAAUGAAAUAAGUACAAUUCGAGGUCAGAGUGACGAAUUGAUGAAGGAAGAGUCAGAGAAGGCGUUGUUUGUCGGUAGGGAUGGCAACUGUGCAGAGAGGCAGGGGCAAGGUAGGAGUGAUGUGACUUAUGGUAAAAGGUUCGUACGAAUAGUCGACGAAUCGCAUCGAGAAGUAAUUAAAGAGGAAAGGGUGGAUAAGAAAAAGAGGCAUAGUGCAGAGACGCAUGCCGAUUCAGAAAUUACCUCGUAUGCAGAAUAUGUACAUCAGCUCAAAAGCCAGCCAGCACAAUUAGAAAGAUCUUCCACUCAAGUGAUUAAUUUGGACCCGAAUAUGACAGUGUUAGAGAGCCAUACCGAUUAUGAUGUGUACCUAGUGACAGCAAGAAUACAUGACUGUGAUGAAGAUUCUUUUAGAGAAAUUAGAGAAAGUGUAUCUAACCAAGAGAAAGAGUGUUGUGAUCCCUGUAGUACUGAAGCAAAUGAGUUGAGUGAGACUGGAAUUCCAUUAGUAGGGGAAAAUAAUGAAAGUAAGAGUGGCGAAUGCACUAUCCAACAAAGGGAAAAUAGAGAAAUGGAUUAUAAUUUGCGAGAAUUAUUUGAAUCCGAAGAAUGUCAUAUUUCUAAGGAGGAGGAAUUAUCGUCAGAAUCAUCAGAAAGCAUCCAGGGAGAAAAAGAAGUAGAGGAAGUUUCCGAUCCCGCAACCGAGAGUUCAGGCAUGACAGAUUCGAAUGAGAACGAGAUGGCAUUAAAGAGCCUAGACGAAGGACUAUUGGAAAAAGUGGUGAAAGAAUUUAGGAUGAAAAGGAGAAAGAAACCUCCAGAUGGAAUGCUUCUUAAGGGACAUAUAGUGUUGCCUGGCUUCCUCACUUUUACUGCAAUAAUUUUUGUGCAUAAGUUGCAGUAUCCUUAUUUGCUCAAGCCUCUCAGUGUGCCACUCGUUAGAGUGCUGUGA